UCGCCUCUGUUUGCUCGCGCAACUAAUAUUGGCUAUUCUAGCUGGGCUAACUAACCUCGGCUUCUCUGUUUUUCACGCAAAUAGGGCCUGUUUAGCAGGCUAAUAAAAAAACGGCGUAGUACGUAACUGAGAUCGCUCGGGCUACCUGUUGCAAAGUUGAUACAAUAAAUAACGGAGUUUCUUAUUGGCUGGCAUAAGAUAAACCAAUCAAAACCGUUUGAUCAUUUUGUCGUUUCCCAUGAUCCCCUUCGUUAUUCCCAUGGUGAUCGCCAUCUUGGAUCUACACAAGACCAGUAACAACUUUGUUUUUGUCAAACUAAAGCUGAAAGUUCCUUCAUUUUAACCGACAAAACAACAAUGUCCAAAGGGACUACAAUCAAGGAUGCCCUGAGCAAAUGGGAGGAAAAAAAUGGAGCGAAGGCGUCAGAGUCAAAAGAGAUCAAACUUAUUGCCCAAAUGCCUCCUGUAGAAAAGAUGGAUGCCUCCCUGUCUACUUUGUCAAAUUGCGAAAAGCUAUCACUCUCAACCAAUUGCAUUGAAAAGAUUGCAAAUCUCAAUGGUCUAAAAAAUCUGAAAGUCCUAUCAUUAGGACGAAACAACAUUAAAAAUCUUAACGGCCUGGAAGCUGUAGCUGACACUCUUGAAGAGCUGUGGAUUUCUUACAACAAUAUAGAGAAACUCAAGGGAGUUGGUGUGUUGAAAAAACUCAAGGUUUUGUACAUGUCUAAUAAUUCUGUCAAGGCUUGGGAAGAGUUUACAAAACUGGGUGAACUCCCUGCACUUGAGGAUUUGCUUUUUAUUGGUAACCCACUUGAAGAGAAACAUUCAUCUGAUGGAGACUGGCGUGGGGAAGCUACUAAGAGGCUCCCGAAAUUGAAGAAGUUAGAUGGUGUGCCAAUCGUCAAGGAGGAGGAAGGGGAUGAGGAGGAAGACUCCUGAUAGGUGGGGCAAUCCCCCUACACCCUUCAUGUAAUAUAGUGUACCAUAGAAGAACUUUUGCAGACCGCUAGGUGCCAUUUAAGCCAUUAUUCGAUGGCCUGGCAUGCUCUAAUCUGCAAACCAUUUGAUAAGAAACAUCACAACAUGGAUUGCUAAAUUGUAUGAAUCCUUAAACACUCUUAUUAAUGAUAGAGUAGUAAAUGAUUUUUUAAAAAUAAACGUUGUUCUUGAAAGUGAUACUGGUACAUUUAGAUAUACCAUCAUUGCACGUGGUACAGGAUACCAAAGCCUAAUUUGUAACCUAAGGAGAUCUCACCCAGGGCUUGAGAUGAUAGGUGGAUUUGCUUGGAUCUGCUGUAAUUUAGGCGACUGCUGCUCUACAUUUGUCCUUAUGAUCCUCUGGUGCCCAGGGGGCGUACGUACAUCCUCCCUCGGCUGCCCAAAAUGUGGGUCUUUUUAAGGCCUCUCGCAGGUAGCCUGCGUAGCUGCUCAAGGGAAGGGGAAGGCCGUGCGCACGCUUUUUCUUCUUUCACCCUCUGUCCCUCUCCAUUGAACCGCUACGCAGGCCAUCUUGCGUGUAAUUGUUUUAAAAAAAUUUGUUUAAAUAUCAAGCCUGUUUAGUAGCCCAUAGUUUUAGGGGUUUAGUACAUAAUCGAAAAAACUAUAGUUGUAAACCAUAGGUAGCCCAAGCAUGAUGUUAGUGAACUGCAAUGUACUUUAGGGCUUGUUACAUAUUAUUGUUAUUAUUAUUGUAGUGCUUACUUGUAUCUCUGACUCACCUGUAAUCCAGUCUAUACUGCGAAAGGUUGAAUUAAACUUAUUAUUAUUAUUAUUAUUAUUAUUAUAGGGGAUUUUUAUACCUCAAACUUUAUAAGAAAUUCUCACUAAAAUUGUACGAAACAGAUCAUGCGGUUAUUCCGUGUUGUCCUUGAUGCUAAUGUGAAGUUUAAAGAAUCUACCUUCAAUCCACUGGAGAGGUGAAUUGGAGGUAGAUUUCGUGAGUUUCGGGCAGUUUUAUUGAGAAUUUCUUAUAAAUUUUGAAGUAUAAAAAUCCCCUAUAUAAUAAGCCCUAACUAUAGUAUAUUGCAGUCCACUAACAUGCUUGGGCUACCUGUGUGUCAACCCCCCCAAUUGCCAUAUAUGUGGUCAGUCCCUCCUUCUCAUAUACCCCUAACUACUGUAAACACUUUUUUUGAAGCCAAACUUUUAAUUACCGCCCCUCCUGACACAAAAUACAGCUCAUGAAAUAUUAUUAGAUUCUUUAUUAAGAUCUUGGUCAGUAUAUGUACAUACAUAUUUUAUAAGUUUAAUAACUUGAUUGAAUAUUUUCAUGGUUCAAAUAUAGUUGCCACUUAA